AUGGAGUUGCUGCCCGACCAUCAAAGCGAUCUUGCAGAAGCCCCCAAGCGGGGUCGACCUCCAAGUUCUCUCAGCUCGAACUUCUACAGACUAAACGAGAAAUGUAACAAGACCAUGUGGUGGACAAUAUGCAAGUACUGCUACGUUGCCCAUGUAAAUGACAAGGCCAGAGUCCCAUUUCCUGUCAGCAUUCACGGCCGAAAAGCUUCCUGGGAGAAGCAUCUGUCUGAUUGCAGUUACUACGUGCAAGCCACGGGCAAGUUACUGAAUAAGGAGAGCGACACCAGCGAGUACGAGGUCAGCCGGUCUAACAAGCAGCAGUGUGCACCACCACCUGAUUUUACUUCAGCAGAACAGCGGAUGUUCUGGCGACUCUUACUGGAGUUCCAGGCGGAAGCGAUGCUACCGGACUCUUUUGUGGAGUUAAUGUCGUUCAAGCGAUUGCUUACAUUUCUGAACGCUCGAUGUGGAGCUACUGGCGCCGUUCCAAGUCGCCAAGUUUUAGGCGGGCGGGUUCUUAACGAGUAUGCUGACCUGCAUUCAACUGAGCAGCGUAAUCACGUUAUGGAAAUUCAGAAUCGAAGUGGUGCCAGAGUUAAUUUUUUGUCGGAUGUGUGGGAAAAUAUUGCAAAGCAGCAUGUAUUAGGCUGCCAAGUUGCUUUGUUUGGUCGAAUGAUGACACAUGGGUUGGUGCCUACCGGUUCUCGUCACGAUGGGCUAGCAAUUGCCCAACAAAUGGAAGAUGUCAUGGAAGAGUUGAUUGCGUCUCAGUGGAAUGUGGGCUCAGCCGUGACCGAUAAUGCUGGUCAAUGCCGCAGAGCGCGAGGUAUCUUAGCACUCAGAUAUCCCAAUAUUGUGUUUUUAUUUUGCUUUGCCCACGACGUGAAUAACCUCGUUAAAGCAGUUCUCAAAACUGUUUUUAAGCAGGUAUCAGAAGCUGCUGCUGGUGCUGCGAGCUUUCUGAAUACGUCUACCUCUAAAUGGCUGACCCGAGCCAUUGAGGCCAUGGAGAAUCGCUACGGAGACAGUUUUGCAGUUUUUACGUUGUGUGAAACGCGCUGGAACUCAAUGCAGGCGUGCUUUGCGUCACUCCUACGCGCGCGCGGAGCUCUGGAAGACUUGGUUUUUAAGUACAGGAACGACAGCGAUCUCCCUUCUAAACUACGGAUUUUGGCUGACAGUGAAUUCUGGAACAAGUUGGAGAGCGCCGAGAAGGUUGUGCGACCUUUAUGUACUGCAUCGUUCCGCUUACAAAGAGAUGAGAAUACAGUCGCGGAUGUUGUUCGCUCAUACAUGGACGUGUACAUUGGUUUCGCUGCCACAGAGUGGAGUCAUGUUCUUGUGGAAUGUGUUGAGACUCGAUGGAACGCGUGUGAGCAGCCAUUGUUUAUGUUAGGAUAUUUUCUCCACCCUCGAUACGUAUCCGAAGCAAGAAAGUUGCCUUCAACUGUCCUUACCCAGCUGGAUGAUAUCUGUCAAUUUGCGCAAUACUACUACUGA